AUGGCCUCAAUCGCUCGCCUUGCUCCACGGCGGACUGCCAUCCCUCAAUCGAAAGUCUCCCUUCCACUCCGCUCGAUCUCCUCCACCCCUCUCUUCCCAGUCCCCACGCAAUCCCGCUCCUCUCAGGCUCCCAAGCUUCGAACACCCCAUACGCCAACCCGCCAGUACCACUCCCCUCUCCACCCACGCCUCCCACCCCACGAAUAUACCAACAGCCAAACCGCCAUCCUGACCGCGGCACUCGUCCACGUCCCCACCCACGGCUUCACCGCGACAUCGCUCACCCUCGGCGCCCAAGACGCAGGCUUCCUCUCCGUCUCCACCCAGCUCCUCCCCCGCGCCGAGUUCGACCUCGUCCUCUUCUGGCUCGCCAGCCGCCGCGGCCUCCUCCGCGCCAAAGUCGAAGAAGCGGCCCUUUUCCCCGCCGCCGCCGCCGCCCGCGGCCUCGCCCCGCAGGACCUCUCCGUCGACGACAAGGUCCGCAUCCUGGUCCUCGAGCGCCUGCGCCUGAACAGAGAGAUCAAGGCGCACUGGGCGGACGCGCUGGCCCAAAUGUCGCUGCUGGGCAAUAUCCCGCUCUCGCUGGCGGAGCUGCAUGCGCUGGCAAACGAUAUCGUGUCCUUGGCGGGGGAUACCGCGGUCGAUGCGUCGUGGUAUACGCGCCGCGCUGCGGUGGCCGGGAUCUAUGCUAGUGCCGAGGUGGUUAUGACCAGAGACCCAACGGAGGAGAUGAGUGAGACGGCGGAGUUUGUGGCGAGGAGGUUUGAGGAUCGGGAUGCGUUGAAGCUUAAGGUGGAUGCUGUUUCGCAGUGUCUUUCUUUCUGGGGGAACUCGGUGCUGGGGGUGGGGAGGAGCUAUGGGUUGAAGAUUUAG